AUGAGCUUUACUCUGAAGCAACCCGCUUUGACAGUCUCAAAUUCAGUUUUUGACAAAAGAUAUUCAUCAAUAACGUGUAGAUCCUUAUUUUUACCGUGUUUGAAUCUUCAGAACCAUCCGAAAAUAACCCUCCUUUCAUUGUCAAAGCCAUUGUAUAUCUCAUACUUCCAAAGUUUUAAUGAAAAACCAGUGAUCCUAUGUAAGGCCUAUGAAGCUGACAAGUCGCCAUCACCGGCAGCAGCGGAAGCGAAAUCAGAAGCAGCAAAAAAUGUGAAAAUUGGGACUUAUUUUGCAACAUGGUGGGCCUUGAAUGUGGUUUUCAAUAUAUAUAACAAGAAGGUUUUGAAUGCUUACCCUUACCCUUGGUUGACUUCAACUUUAUCCCUUGCCUGUGGUUCUUUAAUGAUGUUGGUUUCAUGGGCUACAAAGAUUGCUGAGCCCCCAAAAAUUGAUUUGGAGUUCUGGAAGGCUUUGUUUCCGGUUGCUGUGGCACAUACAAUUGGACAUGUAGCAGCCACUGUGAGUAUGUCAAAGGUUGCUGUUUCAUUCACCCACAUCAUUAAAAGUGGUGAACCUGCUUUCAGUGUCAUUGUUUCAAGGUUCUUACUUGGAGAGACAUUCCCCCCAGCAGUUUAUCUCUCCCUUGUUCCCAUCAUUGGUGGUUGCGGUCUUGCCGCCUUAACCGAACUCAACUUCAAUAUGACCGGUUUUAUGGGAGCUAUGAUAUCAAACUUGGCGUUUGUCUUCCGUAACAUAUUCUCAAAGAAGGGCAUGAAGGGGAAAUCCGUUAGCGGGAUGAAUUACUAUGCAUGUCUAUCCAUGUUGUCUCUUUUAAUUCUCACACCUUUUGCAAUUGCUGUGGAAGGACCGCAUAUGUGGGCAGCAGGAUGGAAAGAGGCUGUAUCUGAGAUUGGACCACAAUUCAUCUGGCGGGUGGCGGCGCAGAGUAUUUUCUAUCAUCUGUACAACCAGGUCUCAUACAUGUCCCUCGAUGAGAUCUCUCCCUUGACGUUUAGUGUUGGCAACACCAUGAAACGUAUAUCCGUUAUAGUCUCCUCCAUAAUCAUCUUCCGCACGCCUGUCCAGCCGAUCAAUGCUCUUGGAGCUGCCAUUGCUAUCCUCGGAACCUUCUUGUAUUCCCAGGCAAAAGCAUGA